AUGCCUCCACAAUCGAACAGGUUCCAGCAGGGACCCCCCUCUAUUUCGCCAUAUCAACACCAGUUCGGUAACCACCCUUCACAACCUCAUGCCGGAACCCACCAGCCCCCAGGCUAUCUGGCUAACUCCCAGAUGAGCCCCUUCGGCGCUACCAACGGCCUGGGUGGCCUCGGUGCCGGCAUGAACACGGGCGCGGGCUUCGGCGUCGCGAAUCUAGCUGGAGCCGGUGACCAGACAGGUCUGGGCAGCCACGCUGCACGCAUGGGCUUCGCCCACGGCGCGCAGCUGCAGCAGCAGCAGCAACAUCCCCAUCCGCAGUCUCACGGCCUCGGAGGUGACCACCCCACACGGACUGGCGGCGCGGCUAAGAAUCGCAUACGCGACGUGUGGCGGCAUAACCUCAACGAGGAAAUGGCUGUUCUGAGAGAACUGGUCGACGAUUACCCAUACGUGUCCAUGGAUACUGAGUUCCCUGGUAUUGUCGGGCGACCCAUGGGCAACUUCAUCGACAAGAGCGACUACCACUACCAGACCUUGCGCGUCAACGUUGACAUGCUCAAGAUCAUCCAGGUCGGCAUAGCCCUCUUCAACGAGAACGGUCAGACUCCACCAGCGAAACCAGAACAGAUCGACUCCAAAGACCUCAGCCCCUUUCUACGGAAAUAUCUGGCAACUCACGGCACAAUACCCUAUGCCUGGCAGUUCAACUUUCAUUUCGACGUCAAGGAGGACAUGGCCAAUGAAAGCUCGAUACAGUCCCUACAACAAGCCGGCAUCGAUUUCGACAAACUUCGGCUGGACGGUAUAGACCCAAACGCCUUCGCCGCCCUCAUGACCACAUCCGGUCUUGUCAGUGACGAGGAUGUCAAGUGGCUGUCCUUCCAUGGCGGUUACGACUUCGGCUACUUUACCAAAUGCCUGAUGAACCAGGUCCUACCUAACGAUGGCGCCAAAUUCGAGAAAAUCAUGAAGAUCUGGUUUCCGUCAACGUAUGAUGUAAAGCAUCUUCUCAAAUGGGCAAUCAAGGCACAAACCUUUGGUUCCUUCCAGCCCAACGAGCCUGCGGCAGCUGAGAUUCUCACAAAGUUCGAGCAAAAGUCAGGACUAGAAGCUUUGGCUGAGUCGUUCAAGAUUAAGAGACUUGGCGCUGCUCACCAGGCCGGAUCGGACAGUUUGUUGACCGGCAAGAUCUUCUUUCAACUUAGAGACAAGAUCUUUGGUGGUUCAAUACCCGACGAACACAUCGGUAAAACAUGGGGUCUCUCUGUCGGAGGAACCAUGACGAUCCCCUUCACCGGUGGCGCUGGUACCGGUGCGGCCAACGACAAGGAGAACACGCCUACUAGCGGGCCGAAUGGGAAGGUGAACGGGCCGAGCACACCCAGCACGUCGACUAUCAAUCUCGUCACUACCCCGGCUGCAGCACAAUCCCACAAUACCAACGGGAACGGCAUCUCGGUGGCACCUAUGACACCGGGGGGAGGCGGAGGAGUCUUGGGCCAGUUCUUCUCGGGAGCAAGGUAG